CCCCUCCUGCCCCUCCUGCCCGGCCUGGCGCUGGCCGCGGGCACGGCCGCAGGGACCGCGGGGACAGAGCCGCCCCCGCCGCCCCCGGGCAGCGACAUCGUUCAUCCCAUCAAGGUUGACGAGAGCGGAUCCUUCUUGUCCUACGACCUGACCCACCGAGCCCUUCACCGGAGGUCUCCUGCCUCCAGGAGCAAGUUCCCUGCCUUCUACGAGCUGCAUUACAAAGGACAACCCCUGAAAUUCAACCUGAGCCUCAACAGGAACCUCCUGGCCCCGGGCUUUGUCAGCGAGAGGCGGUUCGGGGGCAUCGCCGGCGCCAAGAUCCAGCCGCACACCUCCAACCCCUGCCACAUGAUCGGGGAGGUUCGGAGCCGGGCGGAGGGAGGGCUGGCUGCCCUCAGCACCUGCGAUGGCCUGAAAGGCGUGUUCCGGCUCCUCAACGAGGACUAUUUCAUCGAGCCGGUGUCCAGCAGCCCCCGGGAGGACGGGGCAGCUCAGCCCCACAGGAUAUACAAGCGCCAGGCCCCCAAGGACGGGGCAGAGCAGGGCAGGAGCCCCCCACCCCCCCGGGAAACCUGCGGCGUGCCAGAAUCUCAGGAAAGCCUGGAGCGGUCUGAGAGGCGCAGGGAACGGUGGGAGCAGAGGCAGCACAGGAGGAGAAGAAUUAGGCAGCGCUCCAUCAGCAGGGAGAAGUGGGUGGAAACACUGGUGGUGGCAGACACCAAGAUGGUGGAGUUCCAUGGCAGUGAGAACAUCGAGAAGUACGUGCUGACCGUGAUGAACAUGGUGGCGGGGCUGUUCCACCACGCCAGCAUCGGGAACCCCAUCAACAUCGCCAUAGUGCGGCUCAUCCUGCUGGAGCACGAGGAGGAGGACCUGAAGAUCUCCCACCAUGCAGACAACACCUUGAAAAGCUUUUGCAAGUGGCAGAAGAGCAUCAAUGUGAAAGGAGAUUCCCAUCCCCUGCACCACGACGUCGCCGUCCUGCUCACCAGGAAGGACAUCUGUGCUGCCAUGAACAGGCCCUGUGAGACGCUGGGGCUGUCCCACGUGGCGGGGAUGUGCCAACCCCACCGGAGCUGCAACAUCAACGAGGACACGGGGCUGCCCCUGGCCUUCACCGUGGCCCACGAGCUCGGACACAGUUUUGGGAUUCAGCAUGAUGGAAGCAGCAAUGACUGUGAGCCAGUUGGGAAAAGACCUUUCAUCAUGUCUCCACAGCUCCUGUAUGACACGUCCCCACUCACCUGGUCCCGCUGCAGCCGCGAGUACAUCACACGGUUCCUCGACCGGGGCUGGGGGCUGUGCCUGGAUGACCCCCCAGCCCGGGAGGUGCUGGACUUCCCCCUGGUGCCCCCGGGGGUCCUGUACGACGUGGGCCACCAGUGCCGGCUGCAGUACGGCCCCUACUCCACCUUCUGCGACGACAUGGAUAGCGUCUGCAACACGCUGUGGUGCACGGUGGGGAACACGUGUCAUUCCAAGCUGGAUGCGGCUGUGGAUGGCACAGCCUGUGGGGACAACAAGUGGUGCUUCAACGGGGAGUGUGUUCCUGUGGGUCACCGGCCCGAGCCCAUCGACGGUGGUUGGAGCUCCUGGAGCUCCUGGGCUGCCUGUUCCCGGAGCUGCGGGGCCGGAGUGCAGAGUGCUGAGAGGCACUGCAGCACCCCCACGCCGAAGUACGGGGGCCGUUACUGCCUGGGGGAGCGGAAGCGGUUCCGGAUUUGCAACGUCAGGCUGUGCCCCCCGGACAAGCCCUCCUUCCGCCAGGUCCAGUGCAGCCAGUUCAACCCCAUGCUCUACAAAGGGAAGCUCUACAAGUGGACACCAGUGCCCAACAACAUUAACCCCUGCGAGCUGCACUGCCGGCCAGAGCACGAGUACUUUGCGGAGAAGCUGCGGGACGCGGUGGUGGACGGGACGCCGUGCUACGAGCGGGACGCCAGCCGGGACAUGUGCAUCAACGGCAUCUGCAAGAACGUGGGCUGUGACUACGAGAUCGACUCGCACGCGGUGGAGGAUCGGUGUGGGGUCUGCCACGGGGACGGCUCCACCUGCCACACCGUCCACAAGACCUUCGAGGACAGCGAGGGGCUGGGCUACGUUGAUAUUGGGAUUAUCCCUGUGGGAGCCCGGGAGAUCCGGAUUGAAGAAGUCGCAGAAGCCGGGAAUUUCCUGGCGCUGCGGAGCGAGGACCCGGAGAAGUAUUUCCUGAAUGGUGGCUGGACCAUCCAGUGGAACGGGGACUACAGGGUGGCAGGGACCACCUUCACCUACAAGAGGACGGGGAACUGGGAGAAUCUCACCUCUCCAGGGCCCACCGUGGAGCCCGUGUGGAUCCAGCUGCUGUUCCAGGAGACCAACCCCGGGGUGCGGUACCAGUACACGAUCCAGCGCCCGGCCGACAGCGAGAACGAGAUCGAGCAGCCCGAGUUCCUGUGGCGCUUCGGCUCCUGGACCACCUGCACGGCCACGUGUGGCACCGGGGUGCAGCGGCAGGUGGUGCACUGUGUGGAGAAGCUGGCUGGCAUCGUGGAGGAGCGGUUCUGCGACGCACUCACCCGCCCCGACGACCAGCAGCGCCCCUGCAGCGAGGAGCCCUGCCCGGCCAGGUGGUGGGUCGGGGAGUGGCAGCAGUGCUCGGCCUCGUGUGGCAGCUCGGGGCUGAUGAAGAGGACAGUGCUGUGCAUCCAGAGCGUGGGGCUGGACGAGCAGAGGGCCCUGCAGCCUGCAGCCUGCCAGCACCUCCCCAGGCCCGAUGCCACUGCGCCCUGUCCCCGGGACGUGCCCUGUCCCUCCCAGUGGGCUGUGGGGAACUGGUCCGAGUGCUCGGUGACCUGUGGCAAUGGGACCCAGCGGCGCCCUGUCCACUGCAGCAACAGCUUGGGGGCCGCGUGUGACCCCGCGCAGAGGCCCCGCCCGGAGGCUCCCUGCUCCCGGCCCCCCUGCCAGCCGGACACUCCCUGCUCCCGGCCCCCGUGCCAGCCGGACACGGACACUGCCAACACAGACUGGUCUGGCAGCGGCUCCUCCAGCAGGGAGAUAUUCAAUGAGAUCCAUCACGUCCCCAGCAACCACAUUGUGAAAUUUAACCCCCUCAUCCCAAACGUUCCCGAGUCCAACGACGUCAAUGUCAUCCCUGAGGAGGACUUCCCAGCCGGGAAGGGAAACGUCUUUGUCGAUGAUUUUUACUAUGAUUAUAAUUUUAUCAACUUCCACGAGGAUCUGUCUUACUAUCCCUUCACGGAGAAGGAGACUAAAGGUGAGGAGGCAAAGCCAGAGCUGAGCAACAACGACGUGGAGGGGCCCUGGGAGAUGCCCACUGAUGUCCUGCUCACCACCAAGCUGGGAGGAGAGAGAGAGCACCAUCUGGGCACCAAAGCCUCUGCUCCUGUGGAUGAGGGGGAGAUGGAGCCUGGGGAUUUAGCCAGGAAUGACUUCCUGAGCGUGGUCCCAGAGGAUGCAGGAUCAGCCACUCCCAAAUACACCAUCCCUGGGUUCCUGGGUGAGGAGGAGGGCCCAGUGCCAGUGCCCCGUUCUGAGGACCACCCACCCACCCAGCACACCACGAGUCACAGCUCUGCCAACAGCCACGGCCACCCGGCCCUGGAUGAGCCCCACGGAGCUGUGCUGACAAGGACAGGUCCUGGGCAGGAUGCUCCAGCCCAUGGCCUCAGUCCCUGGGGUCCCCACCCGGCUGAUCCCCCCACUCCACUGCCCACAGCCCGGGGCAGUGCCGGGGGGGAGGUACCCGACAUUCCCGGAGUGCCCGGGAGCCGCGAGGGCCCUGCGGGCAGUUUGGGGCCGGGUCACCCCGGCAGGGAGGGGCACGACGGGGCCGGGUCAGCGGGGACAGGCCUCGAGGACUCCAGGGAAACGGGUCUUGUCCUCCCUGGUGACACUACUGGUGACACCACGGAGCAGGACAGGGGGGCAGAAGUGCCAGGAUGGGUGGUGGGCACAGAGGCAGUGCCAGCAGAUGGUAACGAUGAACAUCCCCGUGGGACAGAGAGAGCAGAUCUUUCCUUCCCCACCCUGCAGGGACCAGGGUGGGAGAUGGGAUGGAGUGCUGGCAGCACCCAUCCUGCCCUGAGUCCCUCUCCCGUGGGUGCUGUCGGGGGUCCCACGGGGCAGGCAGGGCACCAGCCAGAGCUCCACACCCCCACAUCCCUGAGCUCAGCCCCCUGGGUGGCCACCACAGCCCUUCCCACAGCAGUGUUCUUGUCCUCCACUGUGCCCGGACCAGCCACCCAGCUCAGCUCCAGCAGCCUUACCCAGCAGGAUACCCUGGCACCAGCCAUGCCCACAGCCCCAGCUCACAGCCCAGCUGCACACCCAGCGGGAGCAUCCCCCUCCCAGGCCCCCUGGGAAUGGUGGACCCUGGGGAUGUCCCACCCCCCAGAGCCGGCAUCUCCCCGUGCUGAACAGACCUCCCACGGGACCCCACUCAGCAUCACCGUGCCAGGGGAACCCAGGGCACCCCCAGGGACAUUUGCCUUCAGUGACAGGGGGCACAAGUGGUCCCAGCCCUCCCCUGCUCCCCCACCACUCUGGGAGAAGAGGAUGGAGGAGGAGGAGGAGGCUUUGCUUCCACCAUCGACCACCGUGGCAGCCACUGCCAUGGCCAGCUGGGAAGUUGGGAACUGGAGUGAGUGCUCGGCCACGUGCGGUGUGGGUGCGAUCUGGAGGAGCGUGCGCUGCAGCAGCGGCAGCGACGACGGCUGUGCCUCGGCCGACAGACCCGUCCCUGCCCGGAGGUGCUCCCUCAGACCCUGCUCCUCGUGGCGUGUGGGCAACUGGAGCAAGUGCUCCAAGAACUGUGGUGAGGGGACGAAGGUUCGGGAUGUUCAUUGUGUCGACACCAGGGACCAGCGGCUGCUGCGGCCCUUCCACUGCCAGGCCGUGCUGCACAAACCCCCAGCACAGCUGCCCUGCCACAGCCCGCCCUGCCUGGACUGGUACACGUCCUCCUGGAGAGAGUGCUCGGAGUCGUGCGGUGGAGGGGAGCAGGAGCGGCUCGUGACGUGUCCGGAGCUCGGGCGCUGCGAGGAGACGUCGCGGCCCAACACGACCCGGCCCUGCAACACACAGCCCUGCACCACCUGGGUGGUGGGCUCCUGGGGGGAGUGCUCGGCUCCCUGUGGAGGGGGCAUCCAGAGGCGCCAGGUCAAGUGCAUCAACACCAAGACAGGGGUGGCCGAGGAGGACAGCAGCCUGUGUGACCACGAGCCCUGGCCCGAGAGCACCCAGAAGUGCAACCCCCAGGACUGUGACAGCUCGGAGCCAGGUGUCCCCUGCGAGCGCGACCGCCUGACCUUCGGCUUCUGCCAGACCCUGCGGCUGCUGGGCCGGUGCCCCCUGCCCACGGUGCGUCUGCAGUGCUGCCGGAGCUGCCGCCGGCCCGGCCGGGACCGCGGGGACGAGCGGCUGUCCAGGAGGUGACAGGAGCGGUGCCAGGGGGCUCCCGGGCACAGCCGGGACCGGCGGCUCCGCCUCGUCCCGGGACAGCCCCGGUGUCUUCAGUCGUGCCACUCUGUGACGGUGCUCAAACCAUCGGCUGGGCUGGGCUGGGCUGGGCUGGGGCCGGGUCACUGCCCUGGGCGCCCAGCGGGGGAGCAUUUUGGGGAAGGGAACCAACGCAGCAGUAAUUCGGGGGACACCUCCCAGAAAUGCUUAUGGUGCUAUCAUUUGACCUUUUCAGCCUCUUGAAGGUGUUGGCUGGCCAGCACAAACCUUGACUUUUUUUACUGUUUUUGUAUCUCUGAAGCGAGCAUCCAGCACUCCACCGGCUCCGCCCACCCUCUGGGGUAGGGACUCUUUUCUUCCUUAAGGGACUUGAAGCUGGCAACCCAUUCCUGUAAUUUUCAUUAAAAUGUUUACUGAAGCUAAAUACAUUUAAUGUAAGAAAUGGAAACAGGGCAGAGGAGUCGAGUUUUGGCUUCAGUCAGGGCUGUGCUGGGCUCCACACCCUGUGUCCCCACCGCUGGCUUUCUCUGCCAGAGCCACUGCCUGGGUCUCUCUGGAGCAGAGGGGAUCAUCAGGGACACCAAGGUUUGGAGUCCAGCAGCACAUUCCCUUGCGUGUCUUUGGGAAGGAGAGGGAAGCUGCUCUGGCCAUGGUGGUGAGCAGCACAUCCCCUCCCUCAUGGGCAGCCAAGUGCUAACCCCUGGAUUUUUGUAUGUGUAGCAGCGUAAUGGUUGUUUAAGGUGUUUUUCUGUGUUCUUACAAGCUAACCCCCUUUUUUCCUGCUUAUCUAGAGUCCCCUCUGUUAAGGUUAGCUGACUUUUAACUAGAAUAUCCAGUAUUGUAUGAGGCACAGCUCCUUUCCCGGAGCAGCGUGUGGGAAUCCCUCCCUGUCUUGGGAAGGGUUUGCUGGUAGGUCGGUCCCUGGAGAAGGGCAGGAGCAUUCAGGUAGGAAUUCCUUUCCCUAUUACUCUUCAGGCUGUGGAGGAUGCCCAAAAACUGGGGGAUCAGGAGGGUAACCCUCCUGGCACUGAGCAGGGCCAGGCCAGAGCCCAUCCCGGGUCACAGCUCCAGGUGUGUUUAAUCACCUGUCUGGAGCAACACUCGGUCCCUAAAUGGAAAUUCCUGUGUGUGAUCUGUAUGUAAAACACACCCAUGACUUCACCAUCUGUUUUAUUCCUUUCCAACAUGGUGUAAAUUUUUUAUGUUCCAAGAGCCUGUGUUCAGUCCUGGUUUCCUUCUCCCUGGCUCCCUCCGUCCCCUCCCAGCUUUGCUGAGGGACAACCCCUGUGCUGGGGUCUCAUGGCCACAGCUCACCAGUGUGGUAAAUUAAACAGUUACUGAAGGAAA